UGCUAUACGAUGUCAAAUGUGGAAAAGAGGCGGGCCAUGGAACGAGAAAACAUGCAUGGCCAUGAGAAAUGGAUUGUACAAAGUGGGACUGAGCUGGCUGGAUCAGCCGACAGAUGGGUGAUCCAGUUGAGGCGUUCCAUUCGUAUUUUCGACGAUCAAAUGCAUUCAUGA